UCAGACGGUUUGAACAGACGAAGAGGGAACCUGAGCCGGGCGCGGGUAGGGGACGUGGUUCUGCUGAGAGCCGAAGAUGGCAGUGAACGUAUAUUCAAUGUCAGUAACCAGUGAUAACCUAAGUCGACAUGAUAUGCUGGCCUGGAUCAAUGAGUCUCUACAUUUGAAUCUGACAAAGAUUGAACAGUUGUGCUCAGGUGCUGCCUAUUGUCAGUUUAUGGACAUGCUAUGCCCUGGCUCUAUUGCCUUGAAGAAAGUGAAAUUCCAAGCUAAGUUAGAACAUGAAUAUAUCCAGAACUUCAAAAUACUACAAGCAGGUUUUAAGAGAAUGGGUGUUGACAAAAUAAUUCCUGUGGAUAAAUUAGUAAAAGGAAAGUUUCAGGACAACUUUGAACUUGUUCAGUGGUUCAAGAAAUUUUUUGAUGCGAACUAUGAUGGAAAAGACUAUGACCCUGUAGCUGCCAGACAAGGUCAAGAAACCGCAGUGGCUCCCACCCUUGUUGCUCCAGCUCUGAAUAAACCCAAGAAACCUCUUGGCUCUAGUGAUGCAGCUCCACCGAGGCCCAUUUCAACACAGAGAACUACUGCGACUCCUAAGGCUCGCCCAGUGGUGCGAAAGAAUCCUGGUGUGGGCAACGGGGAUGAUGAAGCAGCCGAAUUGAUGCAGCAGGUCAAAGUAUUGAAACUUACUGUGGAAAAUUUGGAGAAAGAGAGAGAUUUCUACUUCGGAAAGCUAAGGAACAUUGAACUGAUUUGCCAGGAGAAUGAGGGGGGAAAUGACCCUGUAUUGCAGAGGAUUGUAGACAUUCUCUAUGCCACAGAUGAAGGCUUUGUGAUACCUGAUGAAGGGAGCCCACAGGAAGAGCAAGAAGAGCAUUAACAGCCUGGACCAGCAGAUCAACAUUGAAUUCUUCACUCCAAAAUCAUGUGCUUAACUGUAAAAUACUCCCUUUUAUUAUUCCUAGAGGAUUCACUGGUUUCUUUUCAUAAGCAAAAGGUACCUCUUCUUAAAAAUGCACUUUGCAGAAGUUUCACGCCUUUUCCAAUAAGUUUGAGUUAGGAGCUUAUAGCAGAAGCAGUAUUAACAUCUAGUUGGUUCACCUGGGAACAGAGAGGCUGACCAUGGGGCUCAGCGUGUGGACACUGGUCACACUGAUUGCUGAAGAAGGUGUUUGAUGUAACACUGAGGUGGCAGCCUCAGUAGAGACAUGUAAAGACUGAAUUGAAUUUUAAGCUAAUGUGAAAUCCUGGCAAAGAACGUCUUAAUAAAUAAAUGCCU